AUUAUUAUCUCUAGGUGCACCCUCCGCUGCCGAGCGUAGUGUAUACUCAACGCUGAUUGGCUGGCUUUUUUUGUUUAAUGGCACACGACUAUGGAUGUAGUUAUAAGAGUCCUCGCGUGCCAGCCUUCAGCUGAACUAACUCUUGAGCACCCAGAGACAGCGCAAAGAGCAAACUUGCUGUUACUGGGCAACACGAAAACAACAGCUAAAAAUGGACACUGUCUUGGAUCCAUUUACUGGACUGGACUCCUUCUCCUCCCCUUAUUUUGAUGACGAUGAUUUCUUUACUGACCAGUCCUCCAGGGACCACUUGGACACCGACGAGUUUCUGGAUGACGAUGUCAACUUUCUCACCAGCCAUUUCCAAGAUUACUAUAAGGACAGCAGGAUAGCGCACGAUGGGGACUAUUGUGACAUCAGUAACUUGUCCUUCUCUUCCUCCUCGUCUACCUGCUCGUAUGAAUGCACUGACAGCACCUCAGAGCUAUCGCCUCAGGUGGGAGGAGAUAGUCCGAUGCUGAAAAGGCGGAGGCGGAUGAGAUCCGAUAUGGAGAUGCAACAAUUACGGCAGGCUGCCAACAUCCGUGAGCGGCGGAGGAUGCAGUCAAUUAACGAUGCUUUCGAGGGACUCCGGUCUCACAUCCCCACUCUACCAUACGAAAAGAGGCUAUCCAAAGUCGAUACCCUGCGCCUGGCCAUUGGCUACAUCAACUUCCUCGCUGAGCUCGUGCAGUCCGAUAUGCGCAUCCGAAACUCCAACAGUGACGCACUGACACAAUCCAAAAAAGUUAUAAUUUGCCACAGAGGAACAAGAUCUCCAUCUCCAAGUGAUCCUGACUACGGGCUGCCUCCCCUCGCCGGACACUCUUUGUCCUGGAAAGACGAGAAAGAGCUGAAAGACCAGAACAUAAUCAGAACCGCUAAAGUCUGGACACCUGAGGACCCACGGAAACUGAACAUGAAAUCCUCCCUGUCCAACAUUGAAAACGAGCCUCCUUUAACCUUAAUCUCAGUCCAAUAAAUGUUAUUUUAUGUUUAUUUCUAAAGGUAUCCAUUGUUAUACACCCAUGAUAAAUCCAUGUUAAUAUAUAACGUUGAUUCUUAUGUAACGUUGAUUAUUUAAGUGUAAAUAUUAUAUUUAUAUGGCAAUGAUCUCUAUUCUUAAUUCAGGCAGCAUGGCAAUCAUCAUGUAUAGCAACAUGUAUUUAAUUGUUUCCAUGAUAAUAUGUUUUAUUUGAAUAUUGAUGAAUAUACUAAAACCAAAAUAUUUUUAUAGGCCUACUGAAUUGUAAAAUAAUUUAUAUGUAUAUGCAAUCUGAUAAAUGCUCUUAAAUAAUGAA